AUGAUCCUCCAUCGUCAGCGUCAGUUGCUCACAGCAGCCCUAGUGGUGCUGCGCACUACCGUAACCGCAGCUCCUACUGUCACAGCGCCUAACAACUCUUCUUCUAUCGUCGUCGUGAGCCAGUCCGUUCCCGAAUCCGCGGGUCUGCCCGUUUUGCAUCCGUUUGUGUCGUUCUCGAUUGAGUUCGUCUUCUUUCCGGAUUAUGCGGGAAAUCGAUCUCAUCCGAAUACCUUCUCGAACAACUUGUUGGAUAAUUUGGCCGAGUUAGAGGGAGUCAAGCCCUUUAUCCGGGUGGGAGGGAUUACGCAAGACUUCGCCCUCUACGACCCGACCCUCCCCACCGCGACAAACGGCACCUACGUGCCUAGCAUCAGCACCGACUACCCCCUGAUCCUGACGAUCGGGCCCUCGUACUUCGAAUCUUACUCGACCUGGCCGGGGGCGCGGUUCAUCCACGGCUUCAACCUGGGCCGCAACACCUCGGCGCAGUUCGCGCAGCUGCUGGAGACGGUGCCGGUGGUGUGCGCGGCGCUGGCCGGGGGCAAGCUGGCCUACUGGGAGCUGGGCAACGAGCCCGAUCUCUACAAGACCUCGGCGCAGGGGGCGGUGCGGCCGCCCUCCUGGACGGAGCGCGACUACGUGAAUGAGUGGGUAAACAAGACGACGGCCAUUCAGCAGAAGAUGCGCGCGUCGUGUUCCGGGGAUUUCGCUGACGCCAAGUAUAUCGCGCCGUCGUUUGCGGGGGUUUCCAAUAGUCUGAACCCCGUGGUGACGUGGGAGAAUGGACUCGGCAGGAAGGGCAAUAUCGCGCUGAAUUCGGAGCAUAAUUACAUUGGCGGCGCCACGCAACCGGGCGUUACACUGCAGAAGACACUAAUGAACCAUACGAUGACGGUCCAGAGCGUCGCGCAGCAUGUCAAUGUCUCGACCAUCCUGCUCCAAAAGAACCUGACCACGGAUAUCCCGUAUAUCCUGGGGGAGACCAAUUCCUUGUACAACGAAGGCGCGUCGGGGCUCUCCAAUUCGUUCGGUGCGGCGCUCUGGGGCGUCGACUUCAACCUCUACUGCGCAUCGCAGAACAUCCGACGAACCCACAUGCACCAGGGCCGCGACUUCCGCUACGCCUCCUGGCAGCCGGUCGACACCAACAGAACCACCAUUGGCACCAAGGCGCCCUACUACGGCAACGCCAUGGUGGCGGCUAUGCUCCACGGCGGCGAGGGCGGCGAGAAGGAUGAUGUCCAGAUCGCCAACCUUCCGCUGGAGCAGGACACCGAGGCCGCAUAUGCCGCGUACGUGAACGGUGCCUUGGCCCGGAUUGCUGUCAUCAACCUGGUGGAGUUCAAUUACACCGGGUCGACGACGGGCAGCAGCCAACGACACAACGCAUCUUAUGUUUUCCAAGUGCCCUCAGCUGCUGCUGGUACAACUGUCUCAGUGCAGCGGCUGAUAGCCAACGGUAGUGACGCUAUCACGGGGAUCACCUGGGAUGGGUGGUCGUACAAUUAUGAACUGAACAAUGGAAAGCCUGUGCGUUUGGCAAACAUCACGGCCGGGGAGGCAGUUCCUGUUGGCAGAGACGGAACAGUGAGCAUCGAGGUUCCUUAUUCGAGCGCUGCUCUCUUGACGUGGUAG